AUGGGGCUCUUGACCUUCGACCAGACCCGUGCCUGGAUGGUACGCGCGAAGCUGCAGAAGCGCAGUCUCCUCAUCGCGAUCAACUGCCUGGCAGGCAUGUCCAUUUUCUUCUUUGGAUACGAUCAGGGUAUGAUGGGCGGCGUCAAUCAGAGUCCCAACUACGUCAAUCUGAUGGACUUUGGCCACGUCAAUCCUGAUGGCAGCAUCGUUGUGACUGAUUCGCUUCUACAGGGUGGCAUCAUGUCCGUCUUCUACCUUGGUACCCUUGUCGGCUGCAUGUUCGGCGGCUGGUUCGGCGACAAGUUCGGCAGGAUCAGUACGAUUGCUCUGGGUGCUGUCUGGGGAAUAUUCGGCGCAGUGCUGCAAUGUUCAGCACAGAACAGCAACUGGAUGAUCGGAUCUCGACUUGUGAACGGUAUCGGCACUGGCAUCCUUAAUGGAAUUGUUCCUGCGUGGGCUUCUGAGCUGUCUGACCACAUGUCUCGAGGGACCUUCAUCGCCAUGGAGUUCACACUCAACAUCUUUGGUGUCGUUGUGGCUUAUUGGCUCGCGUAUGCUGUCAAGUUCAUCGACAACGGGUAUCCGGCCUUCCGCUGGCGGUUUCCCAUUGCCUUCCAGAUCGCCCCCUUGUUGUGCCUGGUCGCGUUCUGCUGGGCCUUUCCCGAGUCUCCUCGCUGGCUCUGCAAAGUCGGUAGGAAUGAUGAGGCAUUGUACAUCUUGGAGCGCGUGCGGGGCACGGAAGGUGCCGAUGCUGGCAUCGCCCGAGCCGAACUCGAAGGCAUCAAAGCCGUGGUCGAGCUUGAGAAAUCAGCCGAAGGAACGUCGCACCUCUCGAUGUUCCUGGGGCGCAAGUGCGACAAGCUGCAUAAUGCACGUCGCGUACAACUCGUCGUCUGGCUUCAGAUCCUGCAGUGCUGGACCGGUAUCGCAGGCGUUACUAUGUACGGUCCCACCAUCUUCUCCAUCGCUGGCUUUGGAGUGGACAAGACGCAGUGGGUGGCGGGCGUGAACAAUAUCUUCUACAUGUUCUCAACCAUUAUAUGCGUUGUCACCAUCGACAGGAUUGGUCGUCGUUGGACGCUGUUCUACGGCUCCACUGGUCAAGGGAUCGCCAUGUUCCUUUGCGGCGGGCUUUCUCGCGGCGGUUUGGACGCCAGAGCGGCCGGUAAAAUCAAUGUCGCCAAUCAGUGGGGUGCGGCCGCGGCUUCUAUGGUCUUUGUCUACACCUUUAUCUUUGGCGCCACCUGGCUGACAGUUCCGUGGCUGUACCCAGCCGAGAUCUUCCCUCUGCAUGUGCGAGCAAAAGGCAUGGCCUGGGGCGUUGUCGGCUGGUCUAUUGGGAACGGCACGUUGACACUAGUCCUGCCGUACAUUGUGAAUGCGAUCAACGAGAAAAUGUUCUACAUAUUCGCAGUCGUCAAUGUCAUCAGCAUUCCAAUCGUGUGGGCAUUCUACCCUGAGGCCAACCAGAGGACUCUCGAAGAGAUGGACCUGUUGUUCGCUGCUGACGAGCCGUGGACCUGGUCUGCCGAGAAGAGGUUUGCGGAGCUCAAGGAGGAGCAG